AUGACGAAAAUCGAGGAGAGCCAGGGGGCAGAGCGCAAGUUCGGCUCCCUCCAGUUCGCCGAUCACCUCAUGGGAUCCAACCUCCUGCUGCAGCGGCCUUGCUUUCUUCGCUUCCUGGUCGCUCUCUUCUGCCUCGGACAGAUCGGCGCCACGGUCGCCCUGAAAGUCGUGAGCAACGGUCAGCCCCAAGGUCACGGAUUCACCUUGGUCUCCUCCGUGCUUUAUGCUUUGGCUGCUGCUGGCUUGUCGAACCUCCUGGGUCAGGCUAACAGCUCCGCUGACCUGGAGCUAGCAAUCAGCCGACUCCAUUCUUUCGUCGCCGACUUCAUGCUCUGCUGGAACGACGUUUCGGGCAAGGAGUGGAGAUUGUUCCUCGGUGGCUGGCUAUUCCUCGUCGCGGUCUUCUCCGCCACCCAAGUUUUCGAAUCCUGGCAUCUGGGUGCCGACUUGGUCGGGCAGGACUCCCUCCAGAAAGAGCUUUCCUAUGUCGUCGCUGCCUUGUCGGCUCUGAGCCUCUGCAUCUCCAGCGGGGUGGUGACGCUGACGGCCUACAUGCAGUCCCAUGUACUACUGGGCCUACACAAGAGUCUGGACUGCUGGUGCUGCGACAUCGCCAACGAUCCAGACUUCGAAGCCGGUGUGCAAAAUUGGAAUGCCAUGCAGGAUGGGGUGCUCGCAGCCCGGAAGACUGUGCUAAUGGGCAAGACGUGA